AUGUACUAUUCAUGGGCCAUAUACACAUACACUAUAUAUAAGACUAGCCAUGAAGAGCUUAUAGCAGUGAGGCUAUUUAUCAACCAGCCACAGGCAAAUAUGGGUGAGAGGAACAAGUGCAGCAUGUGUAGAAUUGUGAAGCUGAGACAGAUGGCGAGGCUAUGGCGCAAGGUCGCAGGCUCGCAAACACGUGCUCGGGAGGUUCCUGAUGAUGUCCCGGCCGGUCACUUGGCGGUGAGAGUGGGCACUUCAUGCAGGAGGUUUGUUAUAAGGGCGACGUAUUUGAACCACCCAGUGUUUCGGGAGCUCCUGGAGCAAGCGGUUGAGGAGUUUGGGCAUGAGCACGAGGGGCCCCUCGUCCUCCCCUGCGACGAGGCCUUCUUUGAGAAGGUCGUGCAAUCGCUGAGUAAAGGAGGAAGUGAUUGGAUGAGUCUAUCUAAUUGCUCGGCUCAAGUGGUCGGAAAGAGUCAUGAAGGUUUGGGUACUUGGAGGAGAGAAUGCCGGCCACUUCUACAAGGUUUUGGAGGGAGAGGAACAUGGUGA